AUGGCGACUGUUCAAGUCAAAUUCGGAGAGAGACUAUUAAGGUUACGGCCACAAUCGAUGACUACGAACAAUUUGGCGAUGAUAUUUAAGCUGGACAUAAAUCGAGGAAUAUAUUUAAACUGCGAGGAGGAAGGAGAAAUCAUUCUCCCAUCUAUUGGCAUUGAGAAUAAUGGCCUUUUUGAGAUAGAAAAUUUUGAGAAAAUUUACGUUGUGAAUGGAGACUGCAGUGCAACAAUGACAUUGCCUCUACAAAAUCACUCCCAAAGCGACCCGAUAGGAGUGCCGCUCUCCUACCAGCCAGCAACCCAAAGCUCGGUCCUUAACCCUCUGCCAUGUGGUCUGGUUGGCGUUGCGAAUGUAGCACAGCAAAGUCUCGGUCUUCAACGUCCCCGAUUCACGACACCAAAUGCUACCAAACCUAAGAAGAUCGGAUGGAAGAAAGCUUUCACACUUAUUGAUGUAGACCGCAUGGGUGACACCACCGAAAAAUACCAGAUUCACCUUCAACUAAGUGAGGAUACUGCAAGCGUGAAUGGCAUCCAAGAUUUACUAAGGGGGCAGCUUGGUCAUAACAUUUCUUUAUUUGAUUCUAAAUAUCUGCCAGUUAUGCCUGGUGAAUCCACAAAAGGUACUAUUAUUAAAACUAAAUAA